AUGGACACGUCGGAUCCAGUCGUUUUCGCCAGCGUAGCCACCGCGGCGCUCGUGCUCUUCCUGUUUAUAUGGCGUAUCGUCUUCUUCUUUACCGCGGACGGUACGAGCUUCCCAUUACCCGUCCCGCUCGUCCUAUUCAUCCGCUGCGUUUUCGUCUUCCGCACGGCUGACGGCAGGAAGUUCAAACGUGCUCAUAUUGGAUCGAUCUCGGACUUGACGCUGCUCCUCAAGGGCCCGCCGCCGGAAGGGGCGUUCGAGGACAAGGUGGUGUGGAUCACGGGCGGCAGCCAGGGCAUCGGGCAGGAGCUGGCGCAGCGUUUCGCGGCGAUGGGCGCGCGGUUGAUCCUCUCCUCGCGCUCCGCGGAUCGCCUGGAGGCGGUGCGCGCGACGUGCCGCGGGAAGCACGCGCCGGAGGGGGUGGUGGUGCUGCCGUUCGAUCUCAAAGGGGGCGCGGACGUGCUGCGCGGCGCAGUGCGCCAGGCGGAAAGCGCGUUCCGCGGGGAGGGGGCGUGCGGAGGGGGGGAAGAACCCUGCGGGGUUGACGUGCUGGUUCUGAAUGCUGCCCAUCCGCGCCCGAAACUCACGUGUGAGGACACUCCAGAGGACACUCUUCGGGGCAUGCUAGAGGUCAACGUGGUCGCCACCAUAGAGCUCACGCGCUACCUCCUGCCGUGCAUGAUGCAGCGCAACAAGGGGCAGAUACUCGUGGUGAGCAGCGCAGCAGGCAAGCUCCCCGCGCCCACGCAGGGCGUAUACGCCGCCACCAAGCAUGCCCUGCAUGGGUACUUCAACACGCUGCGGUACGAAGCGGUGCAGCACGGUGUGGCCGUCACGCUCGUGUGCCCCGGCCCGAUCGCCACUGAGGGCUCUGCUGAGGGGGCAGUCAAACUCGCAACCAAGCCCUCCGCUGAUCAACUACAUGUUCCUGCUGCUGCUGGGGGAGAUGAGAAAGACUCGCGCAUGCCAGCAUCGCAAUGUGCAGAGCUCAUAGUGAGCGCUACUGCUUGCUCCUCCCUCUCCCCUUCGAGUCUGCAUCCCACCCACUGUUCUGCCUCUUGUCCCCCACAUCUCGCUCCCCAUUUCCCUUCUCUCUCCACAGGACUCGCGCAUGCCAGCAUCGCGAUGUGCAGAGCUCAUAGUGAGCGCUGCUGCUUGGAGGCUAGAAGAAGCAUGGAUCUCCAGACAUCCGGUGCUGCUACUCAUGUACCUCGGACAAUAUUUCCCUGCUACCUGCAGCAUGCUCUUCAGAAAGAUUGGCCCCAAGAGAGUGCAAGCACUCAAGACAGGCAGCAGCAACAUGUAUUCGACGAGCCUCCUAUUCACCCGCACAUCCUCUUCCUCUUCCUCCUCACUCACCUCUCUUUCCUCCUCCCGCCUCUCGACCUCCUCUACCUCUUCCCCCAGCCGUUCACCCUCCCCCACACACCUACCCCGUGCAACCCAUCAACCCCACAAGUCCCUCUCUUCCCCAUCCCUCACCCACACACCUUCCCACACACCCUCACACAUACCAGCGCAAAGGUCUACCACCCCCUCCCCUCGUUCCUCCCCUCCUCGCUCCUCUUCCCCUCUCUCCUCCCUCUCCUCUCCGUCUCUCUCCCCCUCAUCCCUCUCACCCGCCCUCUCUCCCCGCCGUUCACCCAUCUCGGUCCUUCCCCACCCCUCCUCGCAACAAUCCUUGUCUGCUGCCAAGCCACCCCUUGA